AUGACAACAAAAGUUGGUAUAGUUCAAAUGCAAUCAACAGCAGAUAAGGAACGGAAUUUCGACCAGGCGGUUAAGUAUAUUAACCAGGCCAUAGCAUCAGGAGUCAAGAUCGUUUUCCUCCCUGAAUGCUUUGAUUUUGUUGGUCGGUCACGUGAGGAGACACUUGAUCUUUCAGAAGUGUUAGACGGACCUUUGAUAACAAAAUACCGUGCCUUAGCUUCUCGAGAAAGCCUUUGGAUUAGUCUUGGUGGUGCUCAUAUUAGGAUCACAGAGAACGAUGAUCAGUUGUACAAUUCUCACAUAGUUAUUAAUUCAGAUGGUCAAAUAGUGGGCGUUUAUCAUAAAGUCCAUUUAUUCGAUGCCAAUUUAAGUACAAACGAAACUACACAUAAUACAGAAUCAACAUGUACGCGAUCAUCGUUUUUCGAGUCGAAAGCGAUAUGUGCUGGUACCGAGGCUCCAAUCGUAAUCCAAAACACCCCUAUUGGAAAUUUGGGACUAGCUAUCUGUUAUGACAUGCGAUUUCCUGAACUAGCAUCUCAUCUUCGAUAUGCUAAGAAUGCUCAUGUUCUAAGUUAUCCAUCUGCUUAUACUACACAUACAGGAGAAGCUGGUCAUUGGCAUACGUUGAUUCGAGCCAGAGCUAUUGAGAAUCAGUGUUAUGUAGUUGCUGCAGCCCAGGAAGGUAAACAUAACGAAGGACGAUCUUCAUAUGGGCAUAGUUUAGUUGUGGAUCCUUGGGGUCAAAUUAUCACUGAACAGAUGAAUCCUGGUCCUGGUUUAUUAACAUGUGAAAUAGGUCCAUUUACCAUGGUUAAUUCAACAACAUCUAUUCUUCCUAAAAUUUAUCAUGUAAGAAGAUCAAUGCCUGUGGAAUAUCAUAGACGAUUCGAUUUAUUUCCAAUGUCUGACAGUGGGUAUCCUCGUUCUAUACAGUCUGUGGAUUUUAAAUUUGGUCCUCAUAUAAUCAAAUCGGAUUGUGUCUUUUAUCAAUCGAAGUUAAGCUUUGCGUUCGUAAAUAUUAGUCCAUUGGUACCAGGACACAUACUUGUUUGUCCGAUUGCUAGUGUGCAAAGAUUUUGUCAUCUAAAUUUGGCACAAGUCGCUGAUCUUUAUAUGACUGUCAGACAGAUUGCUGAACGACUAGCUGGAUAUUUUUCAGCUACAAGCUUAACCAUAUCUAUGCAAGAUGGAGAAGAUGCUGGUCAAAGUGUGUCACAUGUUCACGUCCAUGUAUUGCCAAGAAAACCAAAUGAUUUCCCAGAGAACGAUGAUAUUUAUAAAGCAUUACAAAGUCAUGAUAAAGUGAGGGAUCGCGUCUAUCGAUCACACGAUGUAAUGAGUGCAGAAGCCAAACAACUUCGGCAGUUAUACUACCAAAACACUUCAUAA